AGAGCAUUUCAGAAACAAAUAUCGCACUAAAAGGGUCACAUCUAAGAGAAGUAACAGCAUGGCGAAAUACGAAACAACCAUAGUAGAUCUAGAGGCUGACGUGCAGGGUGUCUAUCAGAAAACUGUGGUACCUCUACCAGUCAAGUCUUCUCGAAGUUGGAUAUGGAAAACGUUUGCUGUAAUCGUCUUCCUCGGCCUCUGUGCGGCGGCUUCAGUCUUCUUUGCCUGUCAUUUGACGGACAGGAAACAGAACAAAAGCGAGAAUCCGAUCUUGUCUGGGGAACAAAUCGGCACGCCAUCAGAGCAUGUAAAAGUCCUACAUCAAAUCGCUGAGCGCACAAAGGCUGCCAUUCAUUUACAUGGUGGUGUAGGUGAAAAGUCACUGAAGUGGGUCAGCGGUGUGGAUCAGUCCUUCGAGCAGGGCGGCCUUGAACUGAUUGACAACAAUAUUCGCAUUCCGGCUGAUGGCCUUUAUUUCGUGUACAGCCAGGUGGCCUAUGGUGUACCGUGCAAAGUGGGUGAAGAUGGUGAAACGCAGAAGUUCCUAAGCCACAAUAUCUUGCGGAUUUCGGAUGAAAUGGGUGGACAAAUGCCACUGCAGGAUUCAGGCCAUUCUAUCUGCCAAUCAGGAGAGAAUGAGAUGACGUACAGCACAAUCUAUCUCGGCGCUGUCUUUAAGCUUCUGCAGGGCGACAGGCUGUCAACAUCAACCAACUAUGUAGAUUACAUUGAUGACGAUUCUUCAAAAACAUUCUUUGGAGUGUUUGCAUUGUGAAGUGAAUCAUGGUUAGAGUAGAUGCAUGACCUGUUUUACAAACACGGAUGCCACCAAGACUUUUGUGGUACAACUUUGAAAGAAUGUUCUCAGGGCAUCUGUUUAAAGGUAUCCUUAUAAUCAUAAGUAUCCUUAUUGCAUCACAACAUACGUUUUGGAUCUAAAACGCAAAAGAUGCAUUGAGAGGGCCAUGCAUCGGGUACUAUGUACCCAGUCAUGAGCUGUAUACUACAGGCACUACACCUCUUACGUUUUAUUUAAAAUGUAUGCUAAUACGUGUAUCAUCUUAUUUCGUUGUAGAAAUAAUGGAGGGAUGUGAACGUUCGAAGAACGAUGUUGUUUUAGUGCGUAGAUUUAUUUAUAACUUUUAUGUGUAUUUAUUUGUUCUCGUUGUUUUAUUUAACUAUUUAUUAAGUAUAAGUGUAUAUGCUAUGAUUUUAAAAAUGAAUGUAUUGUUCUUUAUCUGAAAGUUUUUGGCAUUCCUUUGUGAAUUUGACAUGCUGACAGUGAAGAUCCUCAAUAAACUAAAACGUGUUA